CUAGGAGACACAUUACAAGUUGAAACCAGAACCUUUUGGCCAGGCUUGCUCAGCUUCGGUCCCACCUGUCAUCGUCUUCCUCACACUUCCACAGCGGCCCGCCUGCGUUUGAAUGGUGGCGCCCCCAUGGCCGCCACCGCCGUCUCCUCCUCCCGCCGCCGCCUCCCACAUGGCCAUCACGCAGGCGCUCGCGGACGCGCUGCGCUCGUGCGGCGGCCGCGGCGGGCUGGCCGGCGCGCGCGCGCUGCACGGCCGCCUCGUCAGCGUCGGCCUCGCGUCCGCGCUCUUCCUCCAGAACACGCUCCUCCACGCCUACCUCUCCUGCGGAUCCCUCGCCGACGCCCGACGCCUCCUGCGCGACGAGAUCGCGGAGCCCAACGUCAUCACCCACAACAUAAUGAUGAAUGGGUACGCGAAGCUGGGCAGCCUGGGCGACGCGGCGGAGCUGUUCGGUAGAAUGCCCAGGAGGGAUGUCGCCUCCUGGAACACUCUCAUGUCGGCCUACUUCCAGAGCGGCCAGUUCUCGAGCGCUCUGGAUACGUUCGUGUCCAUGCGCCAGUGCGGGGACUCCUUGCCUAACGCGUUCACUUUCGGCUGCGUCAUGAAGUCCUGCGGCGCUCUUGGGUGGCAUGGAGUGGCACGGCAGCUGCUUGGGCUGUUUACCCAGUUUGAUUUCCAGGAUGACCCUGAGGUUGCGACUGCCCUCGUUGACAUGUUUGUGAGGUGUGGGGAUGUGGAUUUCGCUUCGAAGCUGUUCAGCCGAAUCAAAAACCCUACUAUUUUCUGCCGGAACAGUAUGCUGGCAGGGUAUGCCAAGGCAUACGGUGUUGAUCAUGCUCUUGAGCUUUUUGAAAGCAUGCCUGAACGGGAUGUUGUUUCGUGGAACAUGAUGGUGUCCGCAUUGUCUCAGAGUGGGCGAGCCAGAGAAGCGCUCCGUAUGGCUGUGGAGAUGCACGGUAAAGGUGUGCGUCUUGAUUCGACAACGUACACUAGUUCUCUGACUGCAUGUGCGAAAUUGUCUUCACUCGGAUGGGGUAAGCAGCUCCAUGCCCAGGUGAUUCGGAGCCUACCACGCAUUGACCCAUAUGUUGCCAGUGCUAUGGUUGAACUGUAUGCAAAAUGUGGCUGUUUUAACGAAGCAAAGAGGGUGUUCAGUUCGUUACCCGACAGGAACAAUGUGGCGUGGACAGUUCUUAUUGGGGGAUUCUUGCAGUAUGGCUGUUUCAGUGAAUCUGUGGAGUUGUUCAAUCAGAUGAGAGCUGAGCUGAUGAAAGUUGAUCAGUUUGCACUGGCAACUAUAAUAAGUGGCUGCUCUAACAGGAUGGAUAUGUGCCUUGGGAGGCAGCUGCAUGCUCUUUGCCUGAAAAGUGCGCACACUCAAGCUGUUGUAAUCUCCAAUUCCCUUAUCUCCAUGUACGCAAAGUGUGGCAAUCUCCAGAAUGCUGAAUCUGUAUUCAGUUUCAUGGCCGAAAGGGACAUUGUAUCAUGGACUGGCAUGCUUACUGCAUAUUCUCAAGCGGGGAAUAUAGAGAAGGCUCGCCAGUUCUUUGAUGGCAUGUCCACAAGGAAUGUCAUUACAUGGAAUGCAAUGUUGGGGGCAUAUAUACAACAUGGAGCUGAGGAAGAUGGUCUCAAGAUGUAUAGUGCUAUGCUAACCGAGAAGGAUGUCAAACCUGACUGGGUUACUUAUGUUACCUUGUUCAGAGGGUGUGCAGAUAUAGGUGCAAAUAAACUUGGAGAUCAGAUUGUUGGCCAUACUGUAAAGGUUGGACUCAUCUUAGACACCUCGGUCGUGAAUGCGGUUAUCACAAUGUACUCCAAAUGCGGAAGGAUAUCAGAUGCUCGAAAAAUAUUUGAGUUCCUAACUAGGAAGGAUUUGGUUUCUUGGAAUGCUAUGAUCACCGGUUAUUCGCAGCAUGGCAUGGGGAAGCAAGCUAUAGAGAUCUUUGAUGAUAUGCUGAAGAAAGGGGCAAAACCUGACUACAUAAGCUACGUUGCAGUUCUGUCAAGCUGUAGCCACUCUGGACUCGUGCCGGAGGGGAAAUUUUAUUUCGAUAUGCUGAAGAGAGACCAGAACGUAUCUCCAGGGUUGGAGCAUUUCUCGUGCAUGGUGGACCUUCUUGCCCGUGCAGGGCUUUUGGUCGAAGCCAAGAAUCUCAUCGACGAGAUGCCCAUGAAACCAACCGCUGAAGUGUGGGGGGCUCUUCUUAGUGCCUGCAAGACGCAUGGCAACAACGACCUCGCAGAAUUGGCAGCUAAGAACUUGUUUGACCUGAACUCGCCUGAUUCUGGAGGCUACAUGCUUCUGGCAAAGAUCUAUGCUGACGCUGGGAAAUCAGAUGAUUCCGCACAAGUCAGGAAACUAAUGCGGGAUAAAGGGAUAAAGAAAAAUCCUGGCUAUAGCUGGAUGGAAGUUAAUAACAAAGUUCACGUCUUUAAAGCAGAAGAUGUGAGCCACCCUCAAGUGAUCGCGAUUCGGGAGAAGCUGGAAGAGCUGAUGGAGAAGAUCGCACGCCUUGGUUAUGUGAGGACCGAGUCCCUGCGGUCUGAGAUUCAUCACAGCGAGAAGCUGGCUGUGGCUUUUGGGAUCAUGAACUUGCCUGCUUGGAUGCCUAUCCACAUCAUGAAGAACCUGCGCAUUUGCAGUGACUGCCACACGGUGAUCAAGUUGAUAUCAACAGUGACUGGCCGGGAGUUUGUGAUUCGAGAUGCUGUCCGAUUUCACCACUUCAAAGGUGGUUCCUGCUCUUGUGGGGACUACUGGUGAGACGGCAGGAAUCCCCUGUAAUUCUUUUUCUCUGCCCAUCAGAUUCAUUCAGACCGAAGAGGAAUAAAAAUGUCUACUAGUUUGCUUGGUCUGCGUUUUUUUUUCUCUCUACUAUCUCCCAUUCUCCCUGACCCGGAGGUUCACUGCACUUCGUUUCCUGGAACCUUGAAAGUUCUGAGUUAAAACUCAUGUGAAAGCAGUUUUUUUCUCUCUGUAGCCCAUCAGAAUUAUUGAGACCAAAGAGGAAUAGUAUGUUUACUAGUUUGCUUGCUCUGCUUUUUAUUUC